AUGUUGGAAGGCCUGGCGUCGUCUCGAGGGAUCCUCCAGCCGGCCUUAUAUGCUGUCAACGACUUCCGUAAGAAGAAACGACUCACACAAAUCCCAGUUAACAAGGUCAUCAAAGGUCUUUCCGGACUGCGCCCAUACGUCUGUCUCGAGCAUUGCAUCAGGAUGAAGUCAAAGUGCGCCGCCUUCAACCUGGAUAGCGUCAAUGGAGUCUGUGAACUCCUGAGCGCCCAUGUGUGCAAUCAUUCCGGGAUCGAACUUGACCACAGUGAUACCUUCAGCUACUACGACAUAUACGAAGACUCAGCUGUCGAGCGCGGCGGAAUUAUGUACAGCACCCCCUACUGCACAAUGAAAGGUUUCUGCAACCCUGAGUGUGAACCCUGGGCGUACAUGCCGCGUCUGAAUGAGAUUUGCGCGGAGGACUAUGAGUGUCAGAUGAGAAUCGGUCCUCACUCCGUUUGUCGGAAGCCUCCGGACCUCUGUAAAUGUGAAACAGGCUACUACAUCGCUGAGAAGGCAGGAUCCGAGGAGAAGCAGUGCUUGAAAAUGGAUGUGGAAGGAUUCGACAUCUUCCCCAACUUGAAGUCGGAAAGCAAGAAGGGUCUCUAUUUCAAGCUUGUAAUGAUCGAUCUGGACUUCGAGCAGGCAUCCAACCACUGUGUCUCGGUGGAAGGUGGCUAUCUGGCAUUCGCGGAAGAUGGAGAAACAAAUCGGUUCCUCAGAGAAUACAUGCGGAAGAACAAGGUUCGAGCAGCCUGGUUGGGUCUCUCCGAUCAAGUUCAGGAGGGCAACUGGAUUUGGAGUUCCACCGGCCAAAAGCUGAAAACCGCGCAAUUUUGGAAAAGUGGAGCCCCAGAUAAUUUCAACGACAUCGAGCAUUGUGCCAUGAUCACGAAUGAAAUCGAUUUCGGCUGGGAUGACGUGCCGUGCGAGAAAACGGGGAAAUUCUUCUGUCAACGAGAUGAAACCAAUUGA